AUGAAACCUACUCCCAUGACCGCUUCGAAACCAGUGAACUGUCAAGAUUGUAACAGACAAAUACCUCCCGGUUCACCGUUUUACGACGUUAACAACGCACCAAAAUGCGAAGUCUGCUGCACAGGCGAUGGAACCAAAGCCACUCCGCAGACUUCGUCAAAACCGGAAACCUGUAAGAAAUGUAACCAGGGUAUACCGGCUGGCACACCAUUCUACGAUGUCGACGGUUCACCGAAAUGUAAAGACUGCUGCAUUGUAAGUUAUUUUGCCAUUUCUGCAAACCUUUCACAUUAUACGAGGAACAAUUAA